GUUGACCUCCUAUCUCUCACUCCUCACACGACCAUCUUGACGUUCAGAUUCCAUCAACAACAUUUUACAAGUCCAUAUUCUCCUUAUACUGCUGAGAUUUUGCAAGAAAUCAUCCCUUAUACAUCGCAAGUCUCAAGGAGAUACGCCAAUUUUCUAAAGUCUGGUCCGAUCUCAGUCUCAUAUCGCAAACCUGCUCUUCAGCCACCACCCCACCAAACAAGUACCCGAGCUACCAGCAGCCAUGACAGCCAAACCAGCCACCUGCUGCGGCAAGAGCGCCGAGUGCGUCUGCGCCAAACAAGCAACCUGCUCCUGCGGCAAGCAGAGCGCGCUGCACUGCGACUGCGCCCAAGCCGGGACCGAGAACGCGAUUCGUGGCGCCCGCUGCUCCUGCCGCGCCCGUCCCGCGGGCCAGUGCACCUGUGACCGCGCGGCGACCGAGAACCAGCCGCUCAGCGACGGCAGCACCUGCUCGUGCGGGGCCCGACCUGCUGAUGCCUGCACGUGUGAGAAUGCGGUGGAUGGGGGGUAUAAUCCGUCUCGGAAUGAAAUCGACUUCACGACAAGAGCUUGAUGUGUGAGGUCAACGAGGUUUGGCGGGGAUCAAGAAGGAUCGGGGAUUGAACUGGGUCGGAGAGGGAAUGGGAGUGGGCUAUGAAUGGCGUUGGCGUUGAGGAGUUUUAGUGCAGACACUGGAAGUAGACGGGUGAUAACGAGCAUCACAAGCAAACUCGGCGUCGGAGCAAACCGAGACCGCAUUACUCGCAUGAAGAUCUAACUGUUUGGGAUGGUCCACUUGGAGAGGUACCCUGCCGUUGCUUGAGGGGAGAUUACCUGAAAUACUUUCUCUGUCUGAAGGCGGAUCAAUAAGACUUUGCACUCCAAUCUUCUAUAGUGGUUUGAACACAGCCAGCUGCAGGCAGUGACCGCUGUAGGAACUCGACCAGUAUUCCUGGAAUUGGAUCGGCUC